ACCUGAGCUGAAGGCAGACUCUUAACUGACUGAGCCACCUGGUGCCCCAAGUUGCCCUUUGCUUUUAAAUCCCAUUUUGAAACUAUUGCCAGAGUGGAGUGGACAGUGGGGGCUAUCUGUGCCCGGCUACAGCUUUCUGACUUAACAUACAGAGGUAGUAUGGAGCUGGGGGAAAUCAGGCCGUGUACAAAAGCUGAGGAGCCAGAUGUUCACUUUCACAGCUCUCCUGGAAGACUGGAAGGGCAGAUAGAGAUUAAAAUGAAGACCAAACUCCAUUUAAAGUGCAUUACAGCUCAGGAACUAGCUCCCCCUGGGCAGGAGAAGGGAGGAAACGGCACAAGAGGCCACAUCUCUCCUUCCUUAUCUAGGGCCACAUGUCUCUCUCCCAGCUUUGUGAAGGGUGAUUUACACCCCUGGCUGGCAUGACUCUCUUUCUGGGCUGAUUACAUCGGCAAAUGCCCCCCAGAGGCCACAGCAGGCUGGCCAUAUUCAGAAGCAGCAGCCAAUAAAUCUCAGAGGUUUAUAUUGCACUUCUCAAUACCCUCCUCCUGGCCCUCUGCCAGGCCUCUGCACAAGUGAGGAGAGGGGUUGGGCUGCAGGGGUUGGGGGUGAAACCCUCCACUUCCUUUUAUCAUCCUCUCUCUUCCUAAGCACUUAGUUAUUCUUCCAAGUCAUUGUGUCUCUGUUUUUACCCUGGGAGCUCUUGGGAAUCAACCCUACCCCCCCAAAAAUACCCUUACCCUUGUGGGUAGAAAUCCUGGGCUCUGAGCAAAGCUGUGUUUCUACCUCCCUGUUUAAUCUUAGUAGAGUAGGUUGCUUUCUGAAACAUACCUGAAGAUGAGAAGGCUCCUAAAGUGGUCUUUCUAGCCACCUUCCUCAGCGAUCCUGUCGUUCCUCCAGGUAAUUCUCUAACUUGAACAGAGUUUAAUCCUUCCGCCCUCCCCCAUGACAGUGAAUUUUGGAGGAAGCUAGGCUGGCGUUAAGUCCUGGGAUCUAGCCGCAGGACUGUCCUCAGCACAGCCAUUUCACCUGUCUGGGACCUAUUUGCAGAAUCAUAGGUUAAUGGUAACAGCCCAAGCUUACCCUUGAAGUUCUUCAGCGGGUAAUGGAGGCAUGGAUGUGCAAAUUCUAAGAGGAAAAAUAAAUACUAGAAGUGAAACUGCCCUUAUGCUGACUUGCUCAGCUUUUGCUACAAGAUUUCACUUGUUCCUGGAGGGGGUGGGGGUCCAGCAAAUAAGAAAUGGUGCUUUUCUUGGUGAAUACUUGGGCCCACGAGAUGGGGACUCUCCGGAGGCAGCUGCCGCAAUUGUCUUGGGCGGAAUUCUCUAACGGAAGUGGGCAGCGACGCGCAGGUGGGCAGGCUCGGGUAGAGCACCCUCUUGCACGCGGUCGCCGGGGCACCUAACUUCGCUCAUCCCCACCCCCGCAGCCCUCUGCCUAGAGUAGAAGCGGCGUUGUGCGUCCGAGCGCUUCGGAGUUGGAGGGCGGCGCCCAGGACCCUGGUGGGAGAGUGUCGGCGCUGCGCGGGAGGAAGGGCGGGAGGCGGCGUUGGAGGAGCCCCGAUCGCAGAACCUCUGGGCGAGGAGCGAGAAGAGCGCGGCGCCCGGCGCUGGCACAGCGUCUCGGACGCGGACGGCUGGCGUGAGGACCAAGCCAUGGCGCGUCCUCCAAACCCGCGAACACUGCCGCCCGCGCUCCUGCUCCUGAUGCUGGUAUCUCUGCGGCUCCGAGCCGACCCCCUUCCUACUGAGGGCCGGCUGAUGAACAACUGUAUCCAGGCCAGGAGGAAGUGCCAGGUUGAUCCUAUUUGCAGUGCUGCCUACCACCACCUGAAUUCCUGCACCUCUAGUGUAAGCACCCCAUUACCCGCACAGGAGCUUUUGGUCCCUGAGGAGUGCAGGGAGGCAGCACAGCACCUGAGGAAUAGCUCUCUGAUGAGCUGCACAUGCCACCGCCGCAUGAAGAACCAAGUUGCCUGCCUGGACGUCUACUGGACCGUUCACCUUGCCCGCAGCCUUGGUGACUUUGAACUGGAUGUUUCCCCCUAUGAAGACGCAGUGACCAGAAAACCCUGGAAAAUGGAUCUCAGCAAACUGAACAUGCUCAAACCAGACUCAGACCUCUGCCUCAAAUUCGCCAUGCUGUGCACUCUUAAUGACAAGUGUGACCGGCUGCGCAAGGCCUAUGGGGAGGCGUGCUCGGGGUCCCGCUGCCAACGCCCCACCUGCCUCCGGCAGCUCCGCGCCUUCUUUGAGAAGGCGUCGGAGCCCCACUCUCAGGGCCUGCUGCUGUGCCCGUGCGCACCGGCCGACCAGGGCUGCGGGCAACGCAGGCGCAACACCAUCGCUCCCAGCUGCGCGCUGCCGUCGGGGGCCCCCAACUGCUUGGAGCUGCGGCGCGUCUGCAUCUCUGACCCGCUGUGCAGAUCUCGCCUGGUGGAUUUUCAAACCCACUGCCAUCCUCUGGACAUCUUAGGGACCUGUGCAACAGAACAUUCCAGAUGUCUGCGAGCAUACAUGGGGCUGAUUGGGACUGCCAUGACUCCCAACUUUGUCAGCAAUGUGAAUACCAGUGUUGCCUUAAGUUGCACUUGCCGAGGUAGUGGCAACCUGCAGGAUGAGUGCGAGCAGCUGGAAGAAUCCUUCUCCCACAACCCCUGCCUCAUGGAGGCCAUUGCAGCUAAGAUGCAUUUUCACAGCCAACUCUUCUCUCAGGACUGGGAAGACUCCACCUUUCCUGUGAUGGAACGCCAGAACAAAAACCCUGCUCUGAGACCACAGCCCUGGGUGUCCUCUCUUUUCUUCUGUACGCUUCCCUUGAUUCUGUUCCUGAGCCUCUGGUAACUGGACUUCCUCUGGGCCCCUCUGCCCUCUACCACACCCAGCCUGACCUGCAGCCUGCAAGGGCUAAGGAAAGAGCAGCACCAGGGAAGACGUGCAGUAAACAACAUGGCGACCCUGACUGCACACUCAUAUCCAGCUGACUCCAGAUGGGGCCAUAGUAGAAACUGACUGAGUUCUCAAUCCCUCUGCUUCUGACUCAGGCUGCCCUUCCUUAGGACUUGGUGACCAUGGUUUAGUCCUAUCUUCUGGUGGAGACCGCCUCUACAAAGCUCUCUCCUAAUCCCUUCCUUCUGCCCACCAGAAUCACCCAGGCUCUAGCCAAUCAGUCAUUCCCUAUUGCAUUCUCCAGGUAGGCAGGGCUGGAUGUUCUGAUGGGAACCUAGAAAGACAUUCCCCAUGGUGAGGAAGGCUCGGGCAAGACUCCUACCCCUUUGUCAGCAGGAGAUGAGAACCUGCUGCCUACCCUUCCUGGGGAUCCUGCAGAGCAUUUGAGCAUCAGGGAGCCAGAGCAUUUGGGUCUGGCUUUCUUCCUGCUCCUGUCCCAAAGUACUCCCAGCCACUUGCAUCAUGAUUAAAUAUUUGUCUUAAA